AUGACAAAUGGAAUUCUUGCUACACUAGUCCAGUUCUAUGAUCUAUUGUAUCAUUGCUUCACUUUUCCAGAUUACCAGCUUAUGCCAAUACUAAAGGAGUAUUCCUAUUUGCUUGGAUCACCUAUUUCUGAUCAAAUCCCAUUUUCUGGAUUUGAGGAGAUUCCUAAGGAUAAUGUUAUUUCUGAAGCUACUCAUUUGAAGAUGUCUGAGAUUAAAGCUCAUAUGACCACCAAGGGAGGUAUUCUUGGGUUUCCAACUAAGUUUCUGAUGGAUAAAGCUUGUUACUUUGCUAGUAUGAAGAGUAUGGAUGCUUUCAAGGCUAUUCUUACCUUGCUCAUUUAUGGAUUGUUCCUCUUUCCUAAUGUUGACAACUUUGUUGACAUUAAUGUUAUUAAGAUAUUCUUGAUUGUAAAUCCAAUUCCCACUCUACUUGCAGAUACCUACCAUUCCAUUCAUCUCAAAAACUCUUACAGUGGAUGGAUGAUUAUAUGUUGUGUGCCUUUACUUUACAAGUGGCUUAUUUCUCACUUGUCUCGGUCUACUUCUUUUUGGGAUCUUAAGGAUGGUAUUUUAUGGUCACAGAAGAUUAUGUCUCUUACACAUUCUGAUAUUGAAUGGUAUAGUCAUGCUUACUAUGAGGUGAAAAUCAUUGAUAGAUGUGGAGAGUUUUCUAAUGUGCCUCUUCUUGGUACAAAAGGAGGUAUCAGCUACAACCCAAUUUUGAAUCGUCAUUAG